GGAACGAGAAAUGGAAGGGAAAGUGCUUUUCUUUUCAGAGUUCUAUGACCUGAUGACUGUCGUUCUGAGCCUGAGAUAUUGUUGUGGCUGUUGUAAUCCAUUACAUCGCCCGACUGGCUUUCCAUUGUAGUGCUGGAACAGUGUAAAGCAAGUCAGAUAGUUCUGUAUACACGACCAGUGCGCCUCAUCUGCUUCUGGCUGUGUGUUGGAGAGAGAAGAUGAGAAUUGUACUGCGCUCUGGUGGUAUUUACACAUCAGAUCCUAGCUCUUCCGAGCGAGAGGGAAGCUCGCACGGCGUGGACGUGGACGAUGGAUACAGCGUGCAGCCUUCCCUCACUACGUCAUCAUCGCGCGCACAGCUAAACCCUGCACUGAACACAAGCGGGCAGGGUGAGUGUGUUGAGCAGGUAUGUUCGUCUGGUGAACAAGGUGCUGCCGUGAACAAACAGCCCAGGCCGCAGCGUAAACCUGGAACGGGCAGUCUGGCCUGUGUCGUGCUACUAGUGGCCUGUUUGGCUGUCAUAGUGUUCCAGGCAACCAAACCAAGUGGCUGUGUGAGUUGGAAUAGCAGGCCGAAUUUGUUGCAAACUGUCGAAGAGAAGCUCGCUACGCAGCUGACCGGUCAGGACUUGGCGAUAGAGAUAAUUUUGCAUGAGAUCAGGAGUUUUGUCAACAAGCCCGCGGAGCAAAGGAGUAAACCGUUGGUACUUGUGCUGUACGGGCCUAGUGGUACGGGGAAAACCCUUGCCGCAGAGGUGCUGCGGCGCCAUUUAAUGUUCUCGCGCGAAAAGCAGAUAUCCAGUGGUAAGCGGUACUUUGUGCCUGACCAUUACCACAGCGAGGCUAAGAGAUGCCAGGGCCUCAUAUCCAACAUACUACAAGACUCGAGGCUGUGCAAGCAUGGCAACGUGUUUGUUCUGGAAGACCUGGACCUCGCUAAAAAGACGGAUUGGUUAGAAGAUCUGGCUCCCCUCUUCUCUGGCCAAACCUACUGGCAGCAUGGCCAUGCGUAUUCUUUCAGCAAUGCCAUCUUUAUACUGACAGUGCGCACUGCCUCUGCUGAGCUAGUCCAGCAAAGCAGUCGGCUAAGGAAGUCUGGAGUAGCGAGGGACAGUCCCGACUACAGUGGGGUCAUGGAGAGCAUGCUUACGGGGGAAAACCCUUCUGUCGAGUACCUCGGCCCGGUGCGUCGCUAUGUGGAUGCGUUUGUGCCUUUUCUGCCGCUGGAGAAAGAGCACGUGGCGUAUUGUGUUUCCCAAGAGUUGAAGCAAACCGGCCAGGACGUUACAAAGGAAGCAAUGGACUACGCUCUGUCGCUGGCUGGCUUUCCGGCUCGUCCAGAUGCGGUGUCUGGACAGUUCUCCGAGCACGGCUGCAAGAAGGUGCCUCUUUAUGUUGCCCUGGCUCCAGCUGAGUGAGCCCCUGCUUAGUACUGCCGGUGGACGUGGGUGUUUUGGACUGCUUCCCCGGUACAGUUUUUGUCAAAUUUCUUUCCCCAGUUGUUGCUUUCGCCAUUUUAGUAUCCAACGCUCGAAUCCAUAAUUUUGUUUGUCCGUCCGUGGUUAUGCCAAACUUAUGGACCUCUUCUGUAUUCUUGCGGACUGCCCCGGUCCAAGCCCCAGGCUAUUGCAUCAGAAUACACAUAUUGGUAACUGGUAACUGUAAACAGUUCCAUGUCCAGUAA